UAUAAAAAUGGCGGCCAAGUUGGGAACAUCACAGAUCAAAGGUUCAGACGUAGUUUACGAUGUGUGUUGUUCAAUAUGCGAAGAUGAUGACAUAUAUAAAGAAGGACGAUUUUAUUGUAAGAAAUGCUCAAAGUAUUUCUGUGACAGUUGUGUGUUAACGCAUAAUAAGUUUCUCAAGGAUCAUGCAGUUACAGCAAAAGGUGAAGGUGACAACUGGCCUGUUAACAAAAAAGUCGAUGACACACUGGAGUUAUGUGUGGAGCACUCUACUGAGAGACUGACGAUGUUCUGUGAAGAUCACGAAAAGCUGCUCUGUCAAUUGUGUCUCUUACAUAAUCACAGGCAAUGCAGUCAUAUUGUUCUGUUGGCUGAUAAGAUCAAGUCAACUGGACAAUGCAUUGACGUUGCCAAAAUUGCAAAACGCAUUGAGGAGUUACAGGAACGUUUAGAAGAUGUGGUAAAAAUAGGAGAACAAAACAUGAAAUCACUUCAAACUUCCUACGAAUAUGUUCUGGAUGAAAUACUUAAAUUACGUCGACAGAUCAGCGAAACUUUCGACCGACUGCAACAAGAAACAAUAAGAAAGUUGGAGCAGUUGCAUUCCAGUUUAAAAAUUUCAUUGGAAAACGAAAGCAAGCAAUGCGUUGAAUUUAUUUCGAAGCUUAAAGAAUAUGACAUUUACUGCUCAGAAAAUAUUUGUUCUGAGCGAUCGUUUAUUAUCAAUAAAAAAUGUUUAGAUCAGGCCGCCUCGGCAGAUUCAUUUCUACGAAAACAAAUCAAGAAUGCAUAUAUUGAAUUUCAGCACAACAAGGACUUAAAACAAUAUCUUGAUUCUUGUACAGAGCUGGGAAAUAUCACUAUUCACGAAGCUCCGCAACGUAACUGCGUUGACCCAAACAGAGUUGUAAGCGUCAAGGACCAGUCACAGUUCAAGGUGCAGUCGACGACUGAUGGGCAUGUCUGUUUCAUAACGGGUAUAUGCGAGGCGUUCAAUGGGGAAAUCAUCAUUGCUGACGCCAACAACCAGUGUGUGAAACUCCUUGAUCAGGCAUUCAACCUGAUAGAGCAGUUACAACUACCUGCCUCGCCUCACUUCAUUUCUAAGAUAUCCCCCAACGAGCUGGUGGUGGCGUGUGGUCAAAGUCGUUGUGUUCGACAGAUUCAUUUCUUACGAGUCGACAAAGGGAGGAUUGUAAAGCGUAAUAACAUAGAACUGGAACAGGACUGUCAUGGUAUGGCGAUUCACCAGGGCGACCUAUUUGUAACGACGAGUACUGUAGUUUGGCAAUUGACAAUGGAAGGUCGGCUAGUGAAGAAGUUGUAUGAGGAAAAAUCUAGACAUUUCAUGGGUAGGGUGUUUCUGUUAUAAAUAUUUAAAAAAUAUAUACAUAAGAUCAACUGAAUUUAUGCUAAUAAAGAAGGUAACCUAAUUUCAGUUUAUAUUAUCACAACGUGCUCAUAGUGAGCUCUUGGAAAAUCGUGUUGUCCCUCUUCUGUUCAUCCCCGAGUCUGCCCUUGCAUUUUUCGACUUUUUCAUCGAACGACAUUUGCUGUGCAGAACUGACGCAAUUGCACAGGAACGUUCAUUGAGUUAUCAAUUAUUAAAAUAGUUGAAAUCGUUCCGGUUGUUGACUAAUUAAGUCGCGGGACGAAAUAAGAGGUUUAAAAACACAAACUCAACCGCAAGGCACAGAUUUUUAAUAUUUGGUAUGUAGCAUCGUGUCGUGGUCCUGUACACAGUUUGUUGAAAUAAUGACAUCUGUGAUCAAAACGGGCCUCUCCUCGGAGGUCACCAUUUUUAUACAGACUUAUGAACCUAUAAAACAAAAUCGUCUUGUCUUAAACUGCAAAGCCCAAGGGUUUCAUAUUUGAUAUGUAGCAUCAUCUAAAUGUUAACACGUUUGUUGAGAGUAUACCCCUGGGGUCAAAACUUGUCCCGCUGCAGGGGUCACUAAUUUUGCAUACAUUUAUAUAGAAUACGUUUCUAAAACCUUUUUGUCCGAAACCGUUAAGCACGUGACCUUUUUCUUUUAUAUGUAUAAUCAUUAACAUUUCUUCUAUACAUUUUUGUCAAAUUGUGUCCAUUUUGAUUUAAAAUACAACCAAUAAGGGUUUAUAGUAGUUUACAUAGUUUAACAUAAACAGAUAUAGAACACACUUUGAUAAAUAUUCUGGUCUGAAACCGCGCAGCACAGGGCUCUCAUGUUUCGGAUGUGGUAUCAUCUUCGAAGUUUGUUUAAAUUACGCCUAUGCGAUUAAAGUUUGCCCUGCUCCGGUGGUCAGCGGUUUUGCAUAUAGGUGUAUUGCUUUGUUUUUCUUUAAUUUGUAUUGGCAAGGCCAAAGCCUCUUUAUUUGAUGUUCCAUCUAGAGGUCGUGUAUGAAGUUUGUUAAGAUUAUGAUUUUUGGGUCUAUAGUAUGUUUAAUUUUACAAUCAGUCCAAUUUCGCCUAAGUGACUGUAGUAAAUUUGCUUUAUUCCUUACAUAAUUGAGAUUGUAUAUUGUGUAAACAUAUUCUGAUUAGUUUCAAUAUCGCCAACUUGUUUCCGAUGUCAUAAAUGAUACUAUCAAGCUUUAAUUUGGUUUCAAUAAUUAAAACAGAAACCAGUCACAUUCAAAACGGUUUGCUAUUACCAUUAAAAUAUGUAUAUGUGUUUAUUUUGUGUAAAGUGAAUUGUUGUAGGAGGUGGAGUUAGCCCUGAUGGGAAGAGGAUCUAUGUGACGGACGACGGUAACAGGCUCCGCACACUAACAAGGGAUGGAGAAGUCACUGUUACUCUUCAUGAUCCUGCAUUUAGAAUGGCCUAUUAUAUACCCAACAUACACGUGGCAGACACAGGACAAGUGUUUGUAUGUGGUGCAAAAACUGUAAAUCAAGUUGAAACGGACGGCAAGAAAGUCCUCAAUUCCAUAACCCUGGAUAGUUUCCACCCUGCAUCUGUCUACGUCAAUGAAGACACAAGCAAGAUGAUUGUUGGAUUUUUUAACAACGACAAUGUCGUUAAAUUUAAAACAAAAGUUUUAUGACUCUUUAUCAUUUACAUUUAUAACAUACGAAACUUACAAUAUCAUUCAUUAUAUUUUGUCUGCAUAUUAUUGAUUUCAGAAUAAGAUUUAUAACUGUAUAACAAAUAUUAUCAAAUUUCUUCCAUUAUAACAAUUAGUCAUCAUAUAUACUAUUGUUUUUGCUAUGAAAUUUAUGUCAUAUUUUACUCUAUAAAAGCCUACCAUUUUCGUCAUAAAGAACCAACAUUGGUGUUGUUAAACACAAAUCUGUUGUAUAUGUCUAGCCAUUUAUAGACUUACUUUUUGUGUAAAUACGGUUUAUUAUUUGUUAUGAAAUGAACAGAACACAAAAGUUGAAAUAUGCAAAGUUAUGUGACUGCAAUCGCAAUACAUCGAAUGAAAAGGAUAUUGAACCACAAAUAGAUCAAACAUUUAUAUAAAACACGCGUGAAAGUGCUUACUUACAGUUUGAUUAAUAUUUGUGAAUUGCUUGGAAACAUACAUUCUACAUUAUUUAAAGUUACGUAUACAUUUUUACCAGAUUUGUUUUAAAAUAUUGCAGUUCUAAAUAUUUAAUUUAGCUUGCGUUCUGUGUUAUGCUUUGUAUCUUGUUGUUACUUUAAAAACAAUUAUUUCUCUCGAGCACAUGCACUUUGACGUUAAUGUAUUUUGUGUCAUGCUCUUGUAAAUUUGUCUAUGGUUAAUAGCUUUACCAAUAUUGUCAUUUAGUUAAUGCUUUUAACAUAACCAGGGAUAGUAAUAAGAGUUUGCUCACGGUGGUCAAUCUAUUGUUUAUUAAUUCCUAUAUUUCAAUAUGGUUCAAUAAUAAUAGGUUGCUGUUCGACCAGAGAAAGUCAUGAUGUAAAUCAUAGAUGGCGGUUGUUCACACCAUUUUUUCCCAAGAAGUUCUUGCUUCAAAUACUCAAAUGACAAAACAGAUACUAUGCGACUAAUGCUUUGAACAUUAAAUGUUUUAAGUCCUUUCUCAAUAAUAAUAAAAAAAAUUGUUACAACGUACCAAUAUAAAUCCUCCAUUUUGUAGCACGCUGCGUUUAUCGUCCUCUGAAUUUCCCAACGGUAAACAUUUUUCAAUAUCAAUGGCUUCAUGUGAAAUGGUUACACCUUAUACAUUUAAGCAGAAUCCCAUUAUUAUAGACGUGAUUUCCUAUCCUCCUUUUCCCUUUCACCUAGCUUGACAUUUGACCUUCACUAUUAUUAAUAGGAGAAAUUACUAUAUGACGACUCACCACCAUGUGAAAUGUGUAGUAUUUACAUAAUUAAUAUUUUACAUUACCAAUCUAUGGUGAUUAGAUCUUGAGUUAUUAAAUGGAAACCAAAAUGGACGGACAUGGUUUAUUUGGAAGCUUUAGACAAAGAAGGAAUAUUGCGAUUAAUAGUGGGACAUUUAUUAAGUCUUGAGAACGUACUUUUAGGGCUUGAAAUACAACUUACGAAUAAUUUUGUCAUUGUCAACCCAUCAAUAUACAUGCAUAAGUAUAGAAUAGGAGACCGAAUAUUCCAAUUGCCGACAAAAUAACCCGGUACAUUUUUAACAAACAGCAAUAUAACAACGCCAUUAAUAUUGUUUUGUUGAAAAAUACCUACAUAUUGACCGUUGACUUUAAUUGAAACUAUAAAAAGGGUAUAUGUUUUAGUCUUUUGUACUUGACAUCUAUUAUUAUGCAUGUUUUAUUCUGUUCAAUAUUUAACAGCUGGGUAUCAGGUACAUUUCUAUUGAUUUUAUUGUGUUGUUGUUGUUGUUGUAAUUAUUGUAUGCCACCUGUUUAUACACACUAUUUGAUCAAGUAAGUUCAAACACUACAAGGGGAUUAAAGUAGGCCAUAUGACUUUGCAAACGGCAAUUAAUUAUUACAAAUAUAUUUUAACAGAGAUUGAACGUGGUUUUAUAAAGGCUCAUAGUCAAAAUAUAGUUUUAUAAAUAUUUAUUUUUCUAUAUUACAUACUGUAUUAUAAAUAAUUUAUAUUUAAGAAUAUAAUAGCUGUAAUGCAUGUUUUACGUAAUGACUAUAUCAUGCUUGUUUUGAAAUAAUUUGUAUUAAAUUGUAUUGAAAUCGAUCGGAAUUAACUUUUGUCAUAACGGUAUAAUCAACAAACUAUAUUCUAGAUACUCAUAGUAUUGGAUACACAAAAUCACUUAAGUUUUUAGUUACGAAUUGACAAAAAUAUGGCAAACAUUGUAAAUUCUUUUAAUUCAAAUGAGGCAUCAGUGUUUUCAGUUUGCAUUAUAUAUUGGCAAAAUUAUUAGCUCUAGAACAUAAACAAGUCGUAUGAAAACUGAACAGUGAUUAGUUUGUGUUGUAAUGGUUGUAAUUAUAUUAGAUAUUAUAUUAUAUUUAUAGAUGACAUCUACGUAUUAUUAGUUCACUUACAUAUUUUUGUCAAUUAAAAUACGGAUUUAUGUUCAGUAUUGAUGAACGCAACAGGUUAACAGUAAAAGAGUUAUAAAUUUAUGUCUUGUAUUGAUGAACGAAACAGGUUAACAGUAAAAUAGUGAUGAAUAUAUGUCCUGUAUUGAUGAACGAAACAGGUUAACAGUAAAAGAGUGAUGAAUGUAUGUCCUGUAUUGAUGAACGGAACAGGUUAACAGUAAAAGAGUGAUGAACUUAUGUUCUGUAUUGAUGGACUCUACACUAUAACAGUACACGAGUGAUGUAUGUUAGUUCUGAAUUGAUGAACGCCAAAGGAUAACAGAAAAGCAGUGAUGGAUUUAUGUACGUCUCUUAAACAUUAUUGAUAAACGCAACUUAUUUAAAGUGAAAUAAAUUGUCGCUCUUUCAUGUUACUGUUGACUU